UAACGUUGGUACGAAUUAAAAAUAUUUUUUCAUGGUUAAAAAAUAAAAAAUACUUGGAAGUGUUUUGAAAAAGUACUUCAAAAAAUAUUGUAAAUUGAUUGUAGUAAUUUAAGAAACAAAUUAAGAAUGAAGAAAACGAUUUUCGUUCAAGUAAUCUGGAUAUUUUGCGUCUUGUUUGAAAGUUCUAAGGCAAUUUCACGCCAAUGGGAACCCCAGAUUGCUUCAUUAUGUGAGAAUGGGCACUCAUAUCAUCCACAACAAUUGUCAGAUGAUGGAAAAUGGAUUACUAAUUUGAACGCAAAAGCCCCCACAGCUUGUUUGAAAGACAAAAUUGACCUUCUGAAUUAUUGCAAAAUGGUCUAUCCCGACAGAGAUAUUACUAACAUUGUAGAGUCCUCACAUUAUCAAAAGAUUGGAAAUUGGUGUUCAACUAACGUUUCAAAUUUAAAUAAGUGUAAGGGAACAACACGAUGGGUUAAGCCAUUCAGAUGUUUAGAAGGUCCGUUCCAAUCCGAUGCUCUGUUAGUUCCCGAGGGAUGUUUGUUUGAUCAUAUUCAUAAUGCAUCCCGAUGUUGGUCCUUUAUGAAGUGGAACCAAACAGGUGGUUUAGCAUGCAAGGAGAGGAAUAUGCAAAUCCGAAGUUUCGCCAUGUUACUUCCUUGUGGAAUUUCACUAUUUUCUGGAGUAGAAUUUGUUUGCUGUCCAAAGAAUUUAAAAAUGCCUGCUCGAGUAAAGAAAACUGAUUUACCUGUCACUUUUGAUGACGAAGAAACUGAUCCAAAACUGUACGGUGAUGUAAUGACCGACUCAGAAAAAUCUGACAGCGAAAACGACGAAGACAUAGAUGGUGAAGAUGCAGAAGUUAAUGAUUAUGAUGACGAUUAUGAUUCUGAUGAAAGAAGUGAUGAAAUCGAAGCCAGCACUCAAUCAACUGUUCCCUCCACAAGUCCAACAACGCUAAAUUUCAUGGUUGAUGAAAGCACUACUGAAAUGUCUGAUUUAGCUAAAUCCGGUUUUUCUGAUCCUUAUUUUACUGAAUUUAACCCGAAAAUGGAACACCAAAAUUUCAAGGAUGCACAACAGCGUUUAGAGGAAAACCAUCGUGAAAAGGUAACAAAAGUAAUGAAAGAUUGGUCAGACCUUGAAGAAAAGUACCAAGACAUGAGGUCUUCAAAUCCAAGCGAUGCUCAAAACUUUAAGAAAAAAAUGACCCAACAAUUCCAGAUGUCAGUUCAGACAUUAGAAGACGAAGAAAAUGCAGCCAAACAUCAGCUAACAGCAAUGCAUCAGCAAAGAGUCUUAGAGAGAAUAAAUAGAAGAAAAAAGGAAGCUAUGAAAUGUUUUACACAAGCCUUAACUAAAACUAAUCCCGAUCCACAAAUUGUUGAAAAAUGUCUACAAAAAUUACUGCGCACCUUACAUAAAGAUCGAUCACACGCCCUAGCACAUUAUAGGCAUAUAUUGUCAUCACAAAAGAAUGGAAUUGAAGCUGCAGCGCCCGAAAGAGCAUUAACUUUAUCUCGAUUGGUUGAUAUCGAUAAAGCUGUAAAUCAAUCAAUGGCAAUGCUUAAGCGUUUCCCCGCAUUAUCUCACAAAUUGAUGCAAAUAAUGACUGAUUACGUUCAGGCACUCCGUUCCAAAGAUGAGACUCCCGGUUUAGUACUUGCCCCUAGCAAAGAAGCUGAAGAAUCUAUUUUAGACAAAUACAAGAAUGAGGUAUUACAAAAUUUGGCAGAAAAGGAACGUCAACGAUAUUCUGACAAGAAAAAGCUCCAACUCCGUAACAAGGAACACAAAAAAUUGAUGGAAGAAAAGCAAAACAAACAAACAACUACCACAGAAGCGGUUUAUCAAACAUCAACAUCACCUGACAAUUUCAAGAUGUCUGAUGAAACAGACUAUUUCAGUACUUCAACGGAGUCGUCCAGUGACCUCGCAAUUAAAAAACCAUUUGAGGAUGCUGCAACUGUUCUUACUUAUGAAGUUCCGGAACCAAAAGUUCAGCACGUUAUGGGGAACAAUUUCGGACAUGGAGAGAGUGAAUUCAAAACUUUACCAGGAAAGAGCGAAAUGAACAUAUUUUUGAUUACUGGAGUUUCUGCCCUUCUCAUUGGUACCAUCUUUGUUGUAAUAAAAUUAAAGUAUAAUUGUGUACCUCGUGGAUUUAUUGAAGUUGAUCAACAAAAGGUAAUUACAACUUCCCCAGAGGAGAAACAUGUAACAAUUAUGCAAGUGAACGGAUAUGAGAACCCAACAUACAAAUAUUUUGAAAUCAAAGAGUAAUUACGUGUGAAUAGCCUGUUAGAAUUAAUGUAAUAACAUAUAAGCAUCAUUACCGCUUUUAAGAUUUUGAUAUCUACAAGAGCAAUUUUAUGGCUUCGCUGUGUUCAUUAAUCAGCUCUAAGUUGAUAUUUUAGUUUAACACACUAGUUCAAAUAAUUCUGUCAUAAAAAUUAUUAUACAAAUAAUCCUGUAUAGUAAAUAUUACAAUAAAGCUUGUUUGUGGUGGCCGUAAAAUUACAAUAGAUUCACAAAAGUUUAGUUUUUUUAUUUAAAUAAAAUGCUCUUUAUUUUUGUUUCGAAACUUAACUUUGCAAUCACAUGAUUGAGACUAACUCCCAA